UUAUUUCGCUGGCGUGCAACCCUGUACUGGUAUUUGCUUAGCAUAAACAAUUAAAUUACAUUGCUGGAAAAGUAGUAUUAAUAAUUGUCUUAAUUUACUUCUUAAUUUUUGAAUAAUUUGUUUAUUGGUCAAUAUGUCAUAUGGUGGCGGACAUCCUGGGGGCUACAAUCCAUAUGCCGCCCCUCCGGGUGCCUUUUCACCACAAAAUGCUCAAGUUUCUCCACAGGCGCAACAGUGGUUCAAUAUGGUCGAUCGCGAUCGUUCCGGCAAGAUAUGUUCCACUGAGUUGAAGGCAGCUUUGGUGAAUGGGCGAGGAGAAAACUUUUCGGACAAUGCUUGCAAACUAAUGAUUAGCAUGUUCGACAAGGAUGCUAGUGGCACUAUUGAUGUCUAUGAAUUCGAAAAGCUUUAUGAAUAUAUAAAUCAGUGGUUAAUGGUAUUUAAAACCUAUGAUCGAGAUGGGAGCGGCCAUAUUGACGAAAAUGAGCUGGCGCAAGCGUUUACUCAAAUGGGCUUCAGAUUCACGCCGGAAUUUAUAAACUUUUUGGUCAAAAAGAGUGAUCCCAGGGAGCAUAAAGAAAUUUCCGUUGAUCAAUUUAUCGUUCUUUGUGUGCAAAUUCAACGUUUUACUGAGGCAUUUCGGCAACGGGACUCGCAGCAAAAUGGCACUAUUACAAUAGGAUUUGAGGAUUUUCUAAGUAUUGCCAUUGGAUGCUCAUACUAAUGAUCGUAAAAAAUUGAGCUUGUACAAAAAUUGCAACAAGUUCAUCUCAAUAUACAUAUAUAUGCACGUAUCCAGAAGAAUAUUUAUGUCAUUCCUAGAUUCUCUAAUAAAACAGAAAUAGAAUAUGCUAAUGUACAAAAUUGCUACUAUAUGAACCGCAAAUCACUUUUUUAAAGCAGUUAUCUUUUAUUGUUAAUGAUGAUUGACUUACUUUAAAUAAAUAAAUCAUUACCGUAACGCAAUAA